ACCAGCAUGGACCCCUCUCCAACAUCCCCCACAGGGACCACAGCUACUCUGGUUACUCUGGACAUCGUGGUGCUGGUCGUCUACUUUGUGUUGAUUCUAGCUGUUGGCUUUUGGUCCAUGUUUAGGACUAAGCGCAGCACGGUGGAUGGAUACUUCCUGGCUGGAAAGAGCAUGACCUGGUGGCCGGUCGGUGCUUCGCUGUUUGCCAGUAACAUCGGCAGCGGACAUUUCAUCGGCCUGGCCGGGUCAGGAGCUGCUGCAGGAAUCGGCGCCAUUGCAUAUGAGUGGAAUGGGAUGCUGAUGGUACUUCUGCUAGGGUGGCUCUUCUUGCCCAUUUACAUCGCAUCUGGGGUGAUGACGAUGCCAGAGUAUCUGCAGAGGCGGUUUGGUGGCAGAAGAACUCAGUUAUUUAUAACUGUUUUGUCCUUAUUUAUCUACAUUUUCACAAAGAUAUCAGUGGACAUGUAUGCAGGUGCACUGUUCAUCCAGCUGGCUCUUCAGUGGAACAUCUACCUGGCUGUGAUCUUGCUGCUGUCAGUCACUGCUCUCUACACCGUCGCGGGUGGUCUGGCAGCAGUGAUCUACACAGAUGCCGCUCAGACUGCCAUCAUGCUGGCAGGAACUCUUGUCCUCAUGGGCUUCAGCUUUGCUGAAGUCGGAGGAUGGGAUGCUAUGAUGGAGGGGUACUUUAAGGCCAUCCCUUCGAUCCGUGUGCCAAACUCAACCUGUGGAAUCCCACGAGCGGAUGCCUUUCACAUCUUCAGAGACCCGGUUAACUCAGACCUUCCUUGGCCUGGAGUCAUCAUUGGCAUGUCCGUCCCUUCCAUGUGGUACUGGUGCUCUGAUCAGGUGAUAGUGCAGCGAUCCCUGGCUGCUAAAAACCUGACCCAUGCCAAAGGUGGCUCCCUGAUGGCUGCUUAUAUCAAGAUUCUGCCUUUUUUUGCCGUCAUGCUGCCUGGGAUGAUCAGCAGGAUACUCUUCACAGAUGAUGUGGCGUGUGCAGACCCUGACCUGUGUAAACAGAUUUGUGGCAACCCAGUGGGUUGUUCAGACAUCGCCUACGCCAGACUGGUGAUGGAGCUGCUGCCUGCAGGGCUGCGAGGUUUGAUGAUGGCUGUGAUGAUUGCCGCCCUCAUGUCGUCUCUGACCUCCAUCUUCAACAGCUCCAGCACCAUUUUCACCAUGGAUCUGUGGAAGAGUUUCAGGACCAGAGCCUCAGAGUGGGAGCUCAUGAUCGUGGGCAGAGUGUUUAUACUGGUUCUGGUGGUGGUCUCAGUUCUGUGGAUUCCUGUCGUCCAGGCCAGUCAGGGCGGUCAGCUCUUCAUCUACAUCCAGUCCAUCAGCACCUACCUGCAGCCUCCGGUCUCCAUCAUCUUCCUCAUGGGCUGCUUCUGGAAGAGGACUAAUGAGAAGGGUGCAUUCUGGGGUCUCACCAUCGGCCUGACGACUGGCUGUAUCCGUAUGAUACUGGACUUCAUUUACCCUACUCCUCUGUGCUAUGAGGAAGAUGACAGACCGGGGGUGUUGAAGUACGUCCAUUACCUUUAUUUCUCCAUGCUGCUGUCCUUCAUCACUCUAUUUAUAGUGGUCGUUGUCAGUCUGGCUACAGAGGAGCCAAAGCCAGAACAGAUUACUCGUCUCACCUGGUUCACCAGGUAUGACCCAGUGGAGCCCAAAGAGCAGGCGUUCACAGUGGAACAGAGCAAAACCCCCACAGAGGUGAUGACCACUCAGAUAAAUGGGACAGGAGACGCAGGAAAACCACAGGAGAGCUCUAAUGGAAACAUAUCUCAUGCAAGGAAAGACUCCACAUCCUCCUCACACAGCAUCCACAGCCAGUCCAAGCUGAUGAGCGCCCUCUACUGGCUGUGUGGGAUGGACAAAAGGAACGAAGGAGAGGAAAAUCCUGAAAAGCCUCUUGUGCCUGAACAGACAAUCAGCUCCCUGGAAGAAGAUCCUCGUAUGAAACUCAUUGUCAACAUUAACCUCCUCAUUUGUCUCGCUGUGACCUGUUUUAUCAUCGGUUACUGGGCCUGAGAGCAGGAUCUGACACUCAGCAUGUAUGUGACACUUUAAGAUGAACUUCAGUUUUUUUUUUACUGUCAUAUGAAAUCCUGUGAAAAACCUGUAAUCAUAUGAAUUGAAAUUAACUAAUAACUAACUAAUUAUGUUUAUG